GAAGAAGAAAAAACAUCACACUAAUUUACAGUCAUGUCACCAAAAGCUGCAGGUCACUGAAUGAUAUAUUGUAUCCUGUUGCUUCUCCCAGAAUGCAAUUCCUCCAUCGGUUUCACUUUCACUCUUGUAUUACUUUAUACACGCUAGGCUAACACUGCCUUCAGAAGAAGACACGGUGAGAGGACUUCCUGCCUGUCACCAUGUCAGCAGCACCUCUCCUCCUCCUGCUGUUGUUGGUUCCCUUUCCUCCCUCAUCAGGAGCACAGCUACCAAAUCAGGGCCAAUCCAAGGAUGUCCCCAUUGCCACCAACGGCCAGCCAUUCCCCUGGGACCGCAUGAGGCUUCCUAAAACCGUCUCCCCCUUCCACUACGACCUGACCAUCCACCCCAACCUGACCACCCUCGACUUCACGGGAGUUGUCCGUAUACAGCUGGAUGUGCACGAAGACACCAGCGCCAUCGUUCUCCACGCCAAGCAGAUGCAGGUAUCCAAUGUUUGGCUCCUGGCACCUGAAGGUGUGAGGCCUCUCCAGAUGUUGGAGUAUCCACGUUUCCAUCAGCUUGCCCUGCUGUCAGACUCUGUGCUGACCAAAGGUAGGAGGUAUGAAGUUCAGCUGGAGUUUGCCGCCAACUUUUCUGACAGCUUCCAUGGUUUCUACAAUGGCAGCUACCGCACCAGCAGUGGGGAAGUCCGGGUUCUUGCAUCCACGCAGUUUGAAGCCACCUUUGCUCGUGCAGCCUUCCCCUGUUUUGAUGAGCCCGCCUUCAAAGCCAACUUCACCAUACGGAUUAUACGAGAGCCACGCCACAUAACCAUAUCCAACAUGCCCAAGGUAAAAACUGUGGAGUUGCCGGGCGGUUUGCUUGAGGAUCACUUCGACACGUCUGUAAAAAUGAGUACUUACCUGGUGGCCUACAUUGUGUCUGACUUCCUGUCUGUGAGCAAGACCACCAAGCAUGGUGUUAAGAUCUCUGUCUACGCUGUUCCUGAGAAGAUUGACCAGACAGCCUUUGCGCUGGACGCUGCUGUCAAGCUGUUGGACUUCUACGAUGACUAUUUUGAUAUUCCCUACCCACUUCCAAAACAGGACCUGGCUGCAAUCCCUGACUUCCAGUCAGGUGCCAUGGAGAACUGGGGCCUGACCACCUACAGAGAGACGGGCCUCCUCUUUGACCCGGACAAGUCCUCAGCCUCAGACAAAAUGAGUAUCGCCAAGGUCAUCGCCCAUGAGCUUGCACACCAGUGGUUCGGUAACCUGGUGACGAUGGAGUGGUGGAAUGACCUGUGGCUCAAUGAGGGUUUCGCCAAGUUCAUGGAGUAUAUUUCUCUGGACAUCAACUACCCAGAGCUGCAUGUGGAUGACUUCUUCUUAGGGAAAUGUUUUGUGGCCAUGGAGGUCGACUCCCUCAGCUCAUCCCACCCAGUCUCCAUCGAUGUGGAAAACCCCACUCAGAUCCAGGAGAUGUUCGACGACGUGUCAUAUGCCAAGGGAGCGUGUAUUCUGAAUAUGCUGAGGGACUUCUUGACUCCUGAAGCUUUUGAGAUUGGCAUCAUCCGAUACCUCAAGCGUUACAGCUACCAAAACACAGUCAGCAGCCACCUGUGGGAGAGCCUGACUAAUAUCUGCAACUCAGAUGAUCUUGACGAAGGCCGAAUGAAAAACAAAGAAUUCUGCUCCAAGCGCGACCUCCAGUCUGGAGCCUCUAAAUGGUUCUCCGGUGAUGAGCUGGAUGUCAGGGCCAUCAUGGACACCUGGACGCUGCAGGAGGGCUUCCCUCUGGUCACUGUGGAGGUCAGAGGUCGGGAGGUCAGGCUCAGUCAGGAGCGUUAUCUGAAGGCAGACGACCAAUCCCUCACUGAAGGAUUCCUGUGGCAGAUCCCACUGACCUACAUGACCAGCGCCUCCACCACCACCCACCGCUUCCUGCUUAAGACAAAGACGGAUGUCCUUUACCUGCCGGAGGAGGCAAACUGGGUGAAGUUCAAUGUGGACAUGUGCGGCUACUACAUGGUCCACUACACAGGCGAAGGGUGGAACUCCCUCAUCAAACUGCUGCAACACAAUCACACCGCCCUGAGCAGCAACGAUCGUGCCAGUCUCAUCCACAACGUCUUCCAGCUGGUCAGUACAGGGAAGGUGAGGCUGGACACGGCUCUGGAGCUGUCUCUGUACCUGUCCAGAGAGACUGAGAUCAUGGCUGUGACUCAGGGCCUCGGAGAGCUCGUACCUCUGUACAAACUGAUGGAGAAGAGAGACAUGGCUGCCCUGGAGAACAAGAUGAAGGACUACAUUGUGGAUCUGUUCCGGGGGCUGAUUGAUCGGCAGCAGUGGACUGACUCAGGAUCAGUGUCUGAGCGAGUGCUGAGGAGCUACCUGCUGCUGUUCAGCUGCGUCAGGAACUACGCCCCCUGUGUGACGAGGGCCACCGAGCUCUUCAACCUGUGGAGGGACUCUGGUGCCACCAUGAGCCUCCCUGUUGACAUCACCAUGGCUGUGUUUGUGAUGGGAGCUCGAACUCCAGAUGGGUGGGACUUCCUAUUUGAAGAGUACCGCAGUUCAAUGCAAAUGUCUGUAAAGAGCCGCAUGAAGACUGCAAUGGCCAUCAGCCCACUGCAGGACAAGCUCAAGUGGAUGAUGGAGCAGAGCCUCCAUGGUGAGGUGAUGAAGACUCAGGACCUCUCGGGCGUGGUUGUCUCUGUCAGCAAGAACCCCCAUGGCUACAAACUGGCCUGGGACUUCCUCCGAGCCAACUGGCACACUCUGAUCAAGAAAUUUGACUUGGGUUCUAGCACCAUAUCCCACCUGGUGAUUGAAGUGACCAACCAGUAUUCUACCAGGGAGAUGUUAGACGAGGUGAGAAGCUUCUUUGGCUCUCUGACUGAGGAGUCGGGCUCAGAGAUGAGAUGUAUCCGGCAGACCUAUGAGACCAUUCAGGAUAACAUCCGCUGGAUGGACACCAACCUUCCUCUGCUGCAGGCCUGGCUGGACAAACGCAGCCGCAGAGCUGUGCAUGAAGAUUUAUAGCUCCAGGGGAAAUAAAAAAGUCUAGGUUGGACAAGAAUGUUGCUAAAUUGCGGAAAUUACAAGAGGUGUAGAUGCAACUCACAGGAUUUGGACCUACUCUUGGAGUCAGAUUGAAUCGCCCAUUUGAACACAAUUCACAAUGAUUUUAACAACGGUGACUCCAGACGAAGCUUCCCCAAAAAACUUUUGAAUGCGAAUGUGUAAUGGUAGUACAUGUUCCUAAUUGCCCCAAACCUGAAUGACCUGACAUUGCACUUAUGUGUCAACAAUUAGGACUUACUUGUGACUUGCAAAACAAUUACUUUCUGCCACUUCUGUAAACUACAACCUACGUGUUGUUCAAUGGGGGUGUUCCUCAGGUUCAAAGAGAUCUAAGUAAUUGCAGAUUUCCUUAAAGAAGCUCCAUAUGGUAAGGUUUUAUGGGGGUAACAUCAUUUGAAAAAAAAACCCUCUGCAAUAGUCAUGACGCCUGAACAUUUGUGCUCAGAGUUGUCUGUUUGUGUGUGUUUAGUUUGUUUGUAUGUGUGUGGGUUGGGGGGGGGGGGGGUCCAAGAUGCUUAAAUACGAAUUUAGUGUUUUGUGUGUGAAGUCUCUGUUUUUGUGAAGUUAAUUUCCAUUGCCGCUGCAUUAUCACUGCAGAAAGCAACAACUUAAUAUGGUUCAGUGUUGUACAGGUAGGUAAUGGUGCACAAAAGAAAUGCACUGCACAUUGGAUAUUUAUUUUUCCUCAAAUAUUUAGGUACCAGACCAAUCCUUUUUUUACAACUUCCGAAAAAACUGCUGUAUGAUUAAAUCAGAGGAAAAUAAAUAUGAAUUGAACUGACACCACUGGCCCAUCUUGGUUGCAUUUUUAACUUUUCUGAAAUUCUCAAAUAAACGACAAAAGAAAGUGCUAGAUAAGGAAUGUGUUGUUACAAAAUAAUAUUUUGGUUUAUUCAA